AUGAACGGCCGCCCGGGUGCUGUGGCAUCCAGGGGUUCCCGGCACGGGGGCGUUCGUCCGGCCCGCACCACCGGAGAGCCGCAAGCUUCGGGGGGAGUGCUCCACCACGGGACCGGCUUCCGCUCCGGGGCACCGGCCCCCGCUCCGAGACUCGCCGGAGACCGAGGCGGCCCCCCAAACUACACACGCACGUCUCACGGCUCAGGCACACGCAAAGGUAUCACAAAGUCACCACCACCGCUUCUGCACAACCACCCACCGUCCCCCCCGCCGAUCUUAACCGUCUACCACCAACACGUUUCCUAA